AUGAUAUCGAUAGCAGCUCCGCGGCUGCUAUCGACGCGGUCGCGGCAGCCGUUUACCUAUAUCUACGUUGCCCUCUCGAUAUGCCUUCUCUACGUCUUUCUUCGCACCGAUCUCGGUAACACCGUUGUCACAAGAGUAGCAGACAUCAGACCCGGAGCUGGCAAGUCUUCGAAUGGGCUGCCUAAGACGCCCACAUACAAACCGCAACCGACAUGGACACCGCCUCCCGUCAAAGACCCGUUUCCCCUUCUCAUGACCUCGAACCCCCCUCCGAUUCCUUCUUGGAAUAUACCUAAGAAGCCGAACGUCUACACCAAAUACGAUCUGCCCAUCGCUCCACCGCUGCUCAUCGGCUUCACGCGCAGCUGGCCGUUGCUACUGCAAACUGUUGUCGGAUACGUCACGGCAGGAUGGCCGGCGGAACAGAUAUACGUGGUGGAGAAUACGGGAGUGCAUGAGUCCAACGCGAUGGGCCGACUCGGCUUGCAGAACCCACUGUACCUGAACCACACACAGCUUCACAUGCUCGGAGUCCACGUGAUUCGCACGCCUGUGCUGCUCAACUUUGCUCAGCUGCAAAACUACUUUGUUUCCCUGAGUAAAGACAAAAAGUGGCCAUACUACUUUUGGAGCCACAUGGACUCGUUUGUCAUGUCUCUGGAAGAGGGCGCCGAGGGCCUUUCGGGACCGGUCAAUACGCCCGAGUAUCAGACAAUCUACGACCUCGCAGUGCGGGAGGUAAAUCACACGUUGAGGACUGACCCGAAAUGGGGAGCGAGGUUCUUCGCGUACGACCACCUGGCGCUGGUGAACCCGAAGGCGUACGAAAGCGUUGGUGGUUUCGACACCUUCAUCCCAUACUACAUGACGGACUGCGAUAUGCAUUGGCGUCUUGAAGAGGCUGGUUGGAGCAUGAACGAGUCCAGGGCGGGAAUCAUCCAGGAUGUUGCUACGGUGCUUCAGGACCUGAGGAUGUUCUACCGCGAGGGAGAUGUACCGGAAGGGUUCAGCUUCACAGACCCGAAUCCACCUCCUGCGAAGGUCUCCAGAGACCUUUCGAAGGAGACACCGGAGAAGCGCGGACUGGAGGAGAGCCUCGCGCAUCUUCCCCCGGCAGGCGACGCUGCUGCUGUGGAUGGCAAAGGUGUCACGACGACGAUACUUGACCCUCUCAUAUCCUUCAAGAAGCUAUUCCGCAUCAGCCAGGACAUGUUUAAUCACAAACACGCCGAUCGAGACAGGAACACGUGGCAACUGGGACAAAGGGGCGGAGAUCCAAGUGAGCCGUACUACUACGAUGCUCUUGGGUUCCAGACCGGCAUCGACGUGAUGACAGAGGCUGGCAGGGAGGUCUUCAGGAGAAAAUGGGGCCAUAGAGGGUGUGACUUCGCUGCUGCCGGCUUGCAUCCUGACGAUGCUUGGAAAGUCGAGAAGGACUGGGAUUAG